AGCUCCGAAGCUGUUCCGAUGUUUGGGUUGUAUACAGCGAAAUCUAACCCUUUAGAAUAAGUAUUUUAUUGUUUGUUUGGGGGUCUGGAGAGACUUCUCAGGAAAAAAAUAACAGUAAGGGAAAUUUGCUGUGAUCACGCAGAUAUUAUUUACUCUGUUGAUCGGGGAAACUUUCCGAAACUUGCUUCAUACCCCAAGCACCCUUUGGAUUUACUCCGCACGUCUAUCACGGUCGACUUUGCCAUUGAGUUUGACUGCUUGGUUCUGUCAAGGUGGCGUAGCGGGGGAUCUGCGUUACGGAGAGACCGCUCUCUUUGAAGGGAUUCACUCAUGUCUGGAUAUUAACUUCCCUUGUUAAUUUGAGAACUGUCUCUGAGGAAGACGGUGGAUGUUAUUGUGUUCCUGUUUUUGAACAUAUUGUAGCCAACUAAUACAGCAGAAGCGUCAACAUGUUGAGUAACACUGGAGUCUAUGCUGUCAAGAAGCGGAAGAAGCCCGUUCAAAAAACUAAGAAAACUCCAGAUGUGGUCAAGUCGAACCCAUCCAAACGCCACCGGGAUCGGCUGAACGGGGAGCUGGACAGGCUGACGGGCCUCCUACCAUUCCCUGAGGAUGUGCGCUCUCGCCUGGACAAACUCUCCGUGCUCCGCCUCGGCGUCGGCUACCUGAAGGUGAAGAGCUUCUUCAAAGCAACCAUGAAGAAAAGCAGUGUCCUGUUUCCCAGUGGGAAUGGGCUGAACAUGAAUGGGAUGAACGCCACACACUUCUCCGAGGGGGACCUACUGCUCCAGGCUCUGAAUGGCUUUGUGAUGGUGGUCACAGCUGAGGGACAUGUGUUCUAUGCCUCUGCUACUAUCCAAGACUACCUGGGCUUCCAUCAGUCAGAUGUGGUCCACCAGAGUGUGUUUGAGCUAAUCCACACAGACGACAGAGCCAUGUUCAGACGACAGCUUCACUUUGCCCUCAACCCCAAGGCCUUUGACCCAGAGCAGGGAGGAGACGGCAUGGAGAGCAGCAGUGACAUCACCAGGAACAUCGUGAGCUAUAACCCUGAGCAGCUCCCCCCAGAGAACUCCUCCUUCCUGGAGAGGAACUUUGUGUGUCGCUUCCGCUGCCUCCUGGACAACUCCUCUGGCUUCCUGGCUCUGAACUUCCAGGGGCGUCUGAAGUUCCUCCAUGGCCAGAGCAUGCUGGGGGAAGACGGGACGCUCAGCCAGCCCAGAUUGGGCCUGUUCACCAUCGCCACCCCUGUCCAGACCCCGUCCAUAUUAGAGAUCAGGACCAAGACAAUCUUCUUCCAGACCAAACACAAGCUUGACUUCACCCCCACGGGUGUCGAUGCCAGGGGGAAGGUUGUCCUGGGAUACUCAGAGAUGGAGUUGUGUAUGAGAGGCUCUGGGUAUCAGUUCAUCCACGCUGCUGAUAUGAUGUACUGUGCAGACAACCACGUCAGAAUGAUUAAGACAGGAGAGAGUGGUCUGACCACGUUCAGACUGCUGCAGAAGACUGGGUGCUGGGUCUGGGUCCAGGCAAACGCCAGGCUCGUCUACAAAGGAGGAAGGCCCGACUUCAUCAUCGCACGCCAGAGAGCUUUACUUAAUUCUGAGGGAGAGGAGAAUCUACGUCAGAGGAAGAUGCAGCUGCCCUUCAGCUUCACCACCGGGGAGGCCCUGCUGUACGAGACCGGCCCCACUCUGGACGCCACUGAGUUCCAAACCAACCCCCCAAAGAUCCGCAAGGUGGAGUCCCUGGACCCCCAGUCUCUGCUGGGCUCCUUACUGAAGCAGGACGAGUCCAUCUACACCCAGCCCCAGGAGCCUCAGCUACCCAUAGACCAGGUAUUCAUGGACAGCCGAGCGCUGACCAACGUGGCCUGUAACUCCUGGCAGACUAUCAUGGAGGCCCAGGGGCCCGACGGAGAUGAUGAUGAUGGUGACGGCCCCAGGGAGGUCAAGCAGGAGGGGGCGUUGGUGGCCAUGAUCGACACCCUGGAGAAGAUGGCGCGGGAUGGGGAGCUGUGUGCGGCGCUGCAGGGGAGGAGCGUGGAGCUGAUGGAGUGGGAGAGCGUCCUCCUCAGGCUGAGCCAGGACUCCAGCGGGAGCGGGGACACCCCCCUAGAUCUGGAUGACAUCAUGACCAACGACAUCUUCUCUUAUGUGGAGGACACCUUGUUCAAGGAGAGCAGCGAGGGGAUCGGUUACCAGCCCAACUGCUCCACCAUGGUCAACAACAACCCUAACCUGUUCACAGGGGUGCUCAACGACAACAACCAGGGUGGACCAUUCACAGGAGUGGUCAGCCCUACAGGUGCCGGACAGUGCAAGCCUGGGUUGCUUAACAACUGCAGCUUUUUCCAUAAUGGCUCCCCAGUGAACGGUCUAAAUGGUAUCAGCCACAGUCAGAUAACAGGCAACAGAGCAGUUGGUUUGGCAGGACAGAACCAGGCAGGACAGAACCAGGCAGGACAGAUUCAGGCAGGACAGAACCAGGCAGGACCACAGCAGGUGUUCAAGAGCACCCAGAGGCUCUCCCACUUCGGCCCCCAGAUCCCCCAGAUUCUCCAGACGGGCCUGAACAUCCCCACCCUGCAGCAGCUACAGCUCAACGACAUCGUCAGCCCCUCUCUGGAGCUCCCAGAGCUCAAUAUCCCACACAGCUCAGGCCAGAAUGGGUCUGUCACGUUUAGCAUGGUUGGAUCCUGUGCUCAGGCACCAAACAACCACAUGGGAAGCCCUCAGAUCAUCGCUGGCCAGGUCCAAUCUAACCAGCCACCUCCACAGCAUUUCCCUCAUAAUGGCUUGCCAGCUGCAAUGGCACCAAACGUACCAGAGAAGAUCUCUGUUCCACAGUCCAACCAUGUAGCACCUAUUCUGAUGGAUGCUUGGGCAUCCUUGAUUCCUAGUAAUGGCUUUGUUUCACCCCAGAUUGAAUCUAGCAAUCUCAAUCAAUCGAAUCCCCUUCUGACUGCUUGCCUGCAGGGAAACAGUGCACCAUUUCAGUCACUCAAAACCCAGAAAGUACAGCAGUGGCCCCAGAACCAGAACCAGCACCAGCAGCAGCAGCUGCCACCCCCCGUCAGCACAAUGCAGGAUGGAACAAUGCAGAAUGGACACCGAUUCAUCCCAGACUGUCACAGUCAAGCCACAGAGACCCAAAGAGUCCCUCUCACAGGCCUUUGGCCACAGAACACCAACGGAUUAUACCACCAACUCCAGCAGGGGGGAUUGGCCAAUGGCCAGCCUGCUCCAUCCAGCAGCUGCAUGUUUGAGAAUGUCUCACACCCCCUCCCCAACGGAAACAGCCACGUGGAUGGCACCAGGCUGCCCCCCACUUUGUCUGUGUGCCAGAGAAGGAUAGGUGACCACCAGGACCAGAGUCCUCCCCAGGGAUCCUGCUACUUCCAGUGGGGCCCCAGUGAGCCGGUGGUGGGCACGUCAGCCAUCAUCCAGGACAAUGCCAGAAUCAGCUCCCUGUCUCACCCGCUGGUGGCCAACAUCACCACCCCUGAGGACCUACUGGCCAUGCAGCAGUGCCUGGCUGGAUGCAACAGAGUCGGACAGACACAGAUCCCAAGCCUUCCUGUAGUAGACAGCAAUGGAACAUUCUCCUUACCCCCCCUUGUCAAUGGAACCAUGUGCUUUACAGAGCACAACCAAACCAACUAUUGCGACUUCUAAACAUGAGUCACAUGUUCCGGGGUAAAAAUGGUGGACAAAGAGAGGAGGAUGCCAUCCAUGCAUCUAUUCAUCCAUCCAUCCAUCUGUACGCAUUCAAAGGCAACACUCUGCCUUAAGAGACGCCUCAGGGAGGGUGUCGUGAAGACAAGCCAUCCCCUAGUCAAGCACACCAUUCAUCUCCCCCAUAUCAGUGUUUGCAGGAAAUACAAGGACUCUUUUGAUUAGCACUUGUCACUUCUGUCAGCAACGGAACAAAAAGCAGCAACUUUAAAUGGAAACUGGUUUUCUUUGUAUUUUUGUGUUGUCUUCUUCUGCUUUGUUUGUUGGUGCCUUGCCUUUGUUUUGAUUGCUGUGGAAAAACAGUCACAACUUCAAUUAUAUGAAUGAAGUAUGAAUCAUCACUGGUGAAUUUGGCUUGUGUUAUAAUGGCUUUUUAGGGUCAUGCCCAAUUCCCAAAGUGAUAUAUAUAUAUAUAUAUUAAUGAAGCAGGCCGUAUUCAUUUCUUUUUUUUUACGUUUGUUUCUUCUUACGUUAUAGUUGGAUGGUGACAGGACACAAUUCAAAUUUUCACUCAUGGAAAAACAAACAAAAAACAGAUAUUGUACUCAGAGAUUACAAAUAAAGGCAUAACAUCCUCAAUUUAUGUAUGGAGUGUAGUGUUGCAAAAUUCUGUGAACUUUCAAUAAAUUCCCUGGUUUUCCCGAAAUCACGGUUGGAGGCUUCCUGCAAUCAGGAGGGAAUAAGCAGGAAAUCCAGAAUCCUCCAACCAGGAUUUCUGGAAAACCAGGGAAUUUAUUGAAAGUUCCCGGAAUUUUGCAACCCUAAUGAAGUGUAAAUACAGAAAUGGCCUCUAUUGUUAUUAUUAUAUAAAUAUAUUUUGUAAAACUAUGUCAGUGCUCCUGUGUUUAUGGCUGUGAUGAAUAUGACUGUGUGUACAGUGUGCAUGUGUGUCUUUGUGUUUCCUUGUUCUGCAGAUGAAUGAAGCAGUGUACAAAUAGACUUGUGCUUUCAGAUUAUACCCCUUGUAAUGCUAUUGGUAUCCAAAUGUCAUUACAAUAUAACAAUAGUCUGAUAUAGUAUGAAAAUGUAUGCACUCACUAACUGUAAGUCGCUCUGGAUAAGAGCGUCUGCUAAAUGCCUAAAAUGUAAAUGUUAAAACAUUUAGUACGUUGAUAAUGCUAUAUCAUACUCAAUCCCUUUUUUGUUUUUGUUUUCUUUUGUAAAUAAUGUUUUAUCUAAACUUCGCUGAGCCAUACGCAAAAAUGUUUUACUUGAGUUUUUGUUCAUAAUACCAUCUGUGGAGGAAUGUGGGUCUUAGUACUGCAUGUAUAGGAGACUUAUAGUCGCCAGUCAAAGUCUACACACCCCUUGCACAGUCUUCACAUUUUGCUGCCUUAAAAUUAAAUCUAAAAAGGGAUUACAUUUGAUUUUUUCCCCUACCGAUCUAAACAAUCUAUUCAAAAUUAAUCAAAAAUAAAUGCAAAACAAAUAUGUUUUGAUUGUGUAUGUCUUCGCAGGCCAGAGUUAAUACUUGGUGGAAGACCCUUUUUUUGUUUGUAAUUUUUUUCAAACCAAUUGGUAGUUAUAGUCUUGUCUCAUCGCUGCAACUCCCCUACAGACUCGGGAGAGGUGAAGGUCGAAAGCCAUGCGUCCUCCAAAA